AUGAGCCAAGAUGUCUACAUGUACAAAAAUAAUAUUUGGACUUUGAUCGGGCAACUGACAGAGAGCGCUGCAGAUUCGUGGUGGAUAUCAUCAGGGAAGAUUCUUGGUGACUAUGCCUACCUUGGAGAAGACUCGCUUGAGAAGGUAAAACUAAGCGAUACGGACUUCUCCGCAACCAAUCUUGGAAGUGGCGCAGAUGACUAUCUUUAUCUAUACUAUGCUGCGUUCAUUGCGGUUGAUGGACCUGUUUGUUCGAAAUAG